AUGUCAUCCCCAAGAUUAAAACGAAUGACAAGUGAGCCUGGAGCACGGAGUAUCGAAAUAUCCAAGCUCGGAAGUUAUAGCAGAAAUAUACCUAUGUCAGAAGAUGAUGAAAAUUCAAAUUCAGCCUAUCGGAUUCCAGGAUUUUCAAAAAAUGUGAAUUAUUCUCCAAUCAGAAAGCUUGAUAGAGAUUUAAAAUUGUCUCCAGGAAGACGAAUGGAUGUAAAUUUAAAAUCGCCACUCCGAAAGCUGGAUAGUGACGAAUAUAGCGUGUUUUCUGCCGAAAGUGAAAAGUCGCUCGAAGAUCUUGGAGAAAAUCGUAAAGAUGCUGAACCUCAUCAUCUAUGGGGUCAUCGUCAAUGGUCGUCCAACGGUCGAAAAACUAGCUCCACCCCUAAUGUAAAAACUGACACGGAUGAUACUGAAAAAGAGGCUGAAGUGAUUCCUGCCUUUCAUAAACGGUUAAUUUUAGCGAAAAUAACUCGAAGAUCGUGGCCGAUUCGUUCUAACAGUCAGACACGGCGAAAGAAGAAAGCGAAAUUCCCAGUAUGA